AUGUCUAAUUUAGUCAAUGUACCAGUGGGUCCUGCUGCUAACGAGCAUGAGACUGCUCCAAGAAGAAAUGCUCAAGUAACUAAAGGUUCUUUAAAGAGACCUCUAGGAAUGUCAUGUACUACAGUAUAUGAAAUGGCAUUGGAAUGCUUUGAAUUAGGUGGUGAAUCCAAUGCAAUGGGAUGGAGAGACGUCGUUGAUAUUCAUGAAGAAAAAAAAAUUAUUAAGAAAUUUAUUGAUGGGAAAGAAAUUCCUACUGAAAAGACUUGGUUAUAUUAUGAAAUGAGUCCUUAUAAAUAUAUUACGUUCAAUGAAUUACGUGAUAUUAUGCAUAUUUUAGGUAAAGGGUUAGUUAAAAUGGGACUAAGACCAAAUACAGAUGAUAGAUUGCAUAUUUAUGCUUCUACUUCUCAAAAAUGGAUGCAAAUGUAUUUAGGUACACAAUCUCAAUCUAUUCCUAUUGUGACCGCUUAUGAUACUCUAGGUGAAUCUGGUUUAAUUCAUUCGAUUAAACAAACUAACUCAACUGCUAUCUUUACAGAUAAUGCUUUAUUAAAGACUCUAAUAACACCUUUAGAGAAAUGUGAUAAUAUUAAAUUUGUUAUUCAUACUAACGUUAUUGAUCCAAAGGAUAAAAGACAAAAUGGUAAGAUAUUUAAAGAAGCAAAUGAUGCUAUCGAAGAAAUUAAGAAAAGUAGACCAGAUAUUCAAUUCUUUUCUUAUGAUGAUAUUUACAAGAUGGGUAAAGAAAAUAAAGAUAUUAUCGAUGUUCAUCCACCUACUUCAAAAGAUCUUUCUUGUAUCAUGUAUACUUCUGGUUCCACAGGUGAUCCAAAGGGUGUUGUCUUGAAACAAUAUAACGUUGUGGCAGGUGUAGGUGGUGCUCAUUUGACAGUCAGAAAAGCCGUCGGUAGAACAGAUAGAAUUGUUUGUUUUUUACCAUUGGCCCAUAUUUUCGAAUUAGCCUUCGAACUGUUAUCCUUUGUAUGGGGUUCAUGUAUCGGUUAUGCUACUGUCAAGACUUUGACUAAUGCUUCGAUGAGAAAUUGUCAAGGUGAUUUAAUUGAAUUCAAACCUACUGUGAUGGUCGGUGUCGCUGCAGUAUGGGAAACAGUGAGAAAGGGAAUCCUUCAACAAGUUAGUACUUUACCAUUCAUUACUCAAAAGAUCUUCUGGGCGGCUUAUAAAACCAAAUUAACAAUGAAAAAUUAUCAUAUUCCAGGUGGUGACGCUCUAGGUAAUCUUGUAUUCAAGAAAGUUAAAGCCGCUACUGGUGGUCAAUUAAAAUACUUAUUGAAUGGUGGUUCUCCAAUCAGUUAUGAUGCUCAAGAAUUCAUCACAAAUCUAUUGUGUCCAAUGUUGCUGGGGUACGGUUUAACUGAAACUGUGGCUAAUACAUGUAUCUUGGAUCCUGCUCAUUUCACUCUUGGUGUUGCUGGUGAUUUAACUGGUGGUGUCACUGUGAAAUUGGUGGAUGUAGAAGAGUUAGGGUAUUUGGCAAAGAACAACCAAGGUGAAGUAUGGAUCAAAGGUGAUUGUGUCCUUGAAGAAUACUAUAAGAACCCCGAAGAGACAGCUGCUGCAUUAACACCUGAUCAUUGGUUUAAGACUGGUGAUAUUGGUGAAUGGACAGACAGAGGAUUCUUGAGAUUGAUCGAUAGAAAGAAGAAUUUGGUAAAGACCUUGAAUGGUGAAUACAUUGCAUUAGAAAAACUGGAAUCUAUCUAUAGAUCCAACCAAUACGUAUCCAACAUCUGUGUCUAUGCCGAUCAAACCAAGGUUAAACCUGUGGCUAUCAUUUAUCCAAACAUUAAACCAUUAGCUACUUUGGCUAAAAAAUUGGGUAUUAUGAACAGUAAGUCUGAUGACAGUGACGUCGAUGAUCAUUUGAGCGAUAGAAAAUUGGUCAAAGCUGUAUAUACCGAUCUGUUAAAGAGUGGUUCUGCCCAAGGGUUGGUAGGCAUUGAAAUGUUGCAAGGUAUUGUAUUCGUUGCAGAAGAAUGGACUCCACAAAACGGUUUUGUUACAUCUGCUCAAAAAUUGAAGAGAAAGAAGAUCUUGGAUUCGGUUCAAAAGGAAGUCGAUGCUAUUUAUGCAUCAUCUUCAAAAUAA